UCCUCUUUUUUAGGGUGAUAUUAGGUGUCAGUCUGUUUGUUGAACUAUAGUUUCUCUGAGUAACGUGUGUCUAAUGAAGGUUUUGUGAAGUUACAUCAGUUAUUUAUUCGCUGGAAAGAUUUUGGAGAGCUAAACAGACAUGAUGGUAUUAACAACAUGCAUGGGUGGUUCCUAAAACUUUUUAAAUCUGGAAGGCAAAACAAGAACAGCAAAACAGGCGAAAAACCAGCAGGGGCUGCUAGCUGCGAAUCUAAAUCACCGUCAUCUGCAUCAUCAGAAGAAACAUCCGUUGCAAAACCACAGCAGUUAAAUACUGCUCUGAGUUCAGAGCUGAGAUGGAAACGGAAAUAUGAUGUGUUUGUGUGCCACAGCUUUGCCGAGAAAGACACUGAGGAGGCCAAACGCCUGGUUUCGUUCCUCGAGACCCCACCCCGCAGCCUCAGGUGCUUCCUAUGGCACAGGGACUCAUGUCCAGGAAGUGCUAUAUCCACAGAGUUUUGCAAGGCCCUGGAAAACAGCCACCUUCGGGCUCUGCUCAUCACUCCCAGCUUUGUGCAGGAUGAUUGGUGCAGUUACAUGAUGCACCAGACCCUGGCAGAGAGACCCAUGUCCAACACGAUGAUACCCCUUCUUCUUGACUUGGCCCACUCUCAGUACCCACAGGAACUGAGGUUCUACUACUACAUUGACCUGAGCAGGAAUCCUGACUAUGGUUUCAAUGUUGUCAAUAAGACCGUACAAAGUUAUUUGGAGAAGUUGAUUCAAAGUGAAGAGAAACUGAACUACAGCUUGGGUGACUCAUCUGAAGCUGUGCAUCAGAUGGAAGAGACAACAUGCAAGAAAGCAACAUGAUGUCAGUGCAAAACCAGGCAUCACAUGGUGUAGAUCUCAAGAUUUCUACACGACCAGAAGGGAUGCAGCAGAGAGAUAAAAGCAUCAGAGACAUUUGCUGUGAUCAAGACUAAAAUAUAUAUACGGUGGUGCAAUAAAGACACUGCUGCUGAUGACUAAACCCACAUUACGGAUACUUUUGGUCACUUCCUGCAGUGUUUUGAAAAGCUGUUUCGCUCUAGGGACUUCUUUAGUCCUACUGGGUGGUGUGUUCAAGAUGUUCUCACACCUCAACACAGUCAUCUUUGCAGAGCACUGUAACUUCUUUUCUUUGUCAGAUCUAAAAAAAAUGUUGUUUGGACAUGAAGCACCCACCCAUAACAAAUUCCUUUAAAAAUAUAAUCCACGUUUACGCUUGGCCUGAAGUUAGAGAAACGGUUAUGUAUAGAAAUAUAUUUAAAAAAUAGGUCCUCAGACUCAUCUCAUUGAAAUAUUUAUCAGAUUUUCAUGUUUAACUUGGCAUUAAUUUUUUGGGGGGAAGUGAAUGUUGAAUAUUUUUAUCUGUUUAAAUGUUACAUUUUCUCUGUGCAUCAUUAAUAACUUACUUCUAGUGUAACCAUAGUUAACUGCCCUUGUGGUGUUACACCCAAUAACCAACAGGAAGCAGAUGUGGUAAAGUCAUGUGAAGUUAGUCUGUAAACAUAAAAAAAGACAAGAAGACGGAAGGAAAUUGGGAUCAGUGAAAUUACAGCUAAACAAAAGAAGCUGUAAAGAAACAAAGAGCUAAUUAAAAACACAGUAAUAACUCAAACCACAUAGUUGGAAUCAAAAUUAUUCACACCCACUGCAAAUUACAGAACACAAAUAUCUUAAGACAAACUAAUAUUACCAGUGUUUUUUUUUUUUUUUUUUUUUUUCUCUAAAUUAAUACUAGUGCAUUUUAUAUUCAGCUCUUGAGUUCUUUGGGGAGUAGUAGUACGCAUCCUACAGUUCAGGCAUUCAACCUUUGACCUUUUCAUAUUAUGUGUAGCACUGUGCUGAUUAAAAUCUCAGUGGUUGUUGCUAUCAAGUCCUGCUGCAGCUCUUUUGAAGUUAGUUAAGAAUUUUUUUUACCAGUUGUCUUAUAAACUAAUUAUAUUUUUGGGAACAUUAGAGCCUUUUCUGUAUUUUUGUUUCACUGAUCUCGUUUGUUUGCCAAUUCUCUUCAGCAAACUGUUCUUAUGAUUUUUUUUUUUUACUGAAACAAUUGUUUUUAACUAUCAAUAAACCUGACCUGCAAU